UGAUGGCGUCUGUUUUGAAACUAAAGAUCAACGUUAAUAUCGAGUAAAACGAGACAUUCAAUAGAUAUAUAAUGUUUAAUUUUAAUAACAUAGACGAAACAGAAUGUUAAUGACUCUGUCGAGUUGGUUAUGAGCUCUUGUUCAGGUUUUCAAUGCAGUUCAGAAGCAUUUGAACCACGUCAGUCGCUAUGGAAACUUGUAGAGGAGUACUUGCCGUUGGAAGAACAGCGAGAAAUCAAGGAAAUUCUUGGAGAAGAUAUCAUUGAUGAAACUGCAGAUUUACACAGAGAGGUCUUAGUAUUAUUAGAGAUUUGGGAAGAUUAUCGAAAUGAAAGUGAAAACAGCAGCAAAGACAUUUUCUUGAAUCCCCACUGCCAGAGAUUGCCAGAACCUCCGGAAAUGAGAGAAAACCUAAAGAAGGAGAUACAACUCUUUGUGACAGCUUUAAAACAGCGAUCUGUGGAAAACGAAAGUAAUAAAGCACUGACACUAUCAAGACGAGAGAAGAGUAUAGUAGAGUACGCAUUCACGAAAUCUGAAGCAAGCUGUUUACCAAGAAGACCUAAGACCGCAGUGUGUUCAGACAGUGGACGUUCCACACCUUGCAGACCAAGUUCUUCUGGCAGUGGGAGCAGAUCAUCUUCAUCUCUUAGUGAUGUCAUGGAAUCAUUUCAGGAACAACUUAAUGUCCAGGAUGUUGACCAAUUAGCGGAUAGGUUGAGGAAUAUUUUAAAGGAGGAGAAAAAUCUAUUGCUAGAAGACAUAGCAUUCCUUCAGAAUUCGUUAUUUGAAGAAUCGCAUUUUGUGGAUAAUUUGCAAUCACAGAGUAAAGACGAGCCAACUCUUCAAGAGCUUAAAGAACUGGGAAUAAAACUCGAAAAAGAAAUGACAAUAAAAGGCACUCCUACAUCAUCAAUCCGAAACAGUUACUCAUCACCACCACGACGGCCUGCCAGACCAAGAAAUAUUGUACGCAGUUCAUCUUCUCCAAACAACAUGUUAGGAAAACCUUCAAGUCAUGAUAAUAAGCCAUCUGUAAGAUCCCCACCUCAUUCAGAAGAUGACAGAGUCUCACAUGCGCCACUAUCGCACGUUGCUUUAAAAAGAUCGCAGUCGGAAGCAUGCUCCCCGCCAGCAGCUGCCGUAUCACGCGGUUCCGACUCGUCCUUUUCUCCGCCCUCGGCUAUGGUGAAGAAGUCUGGGUAUAAAUCAUUGUCACCAUCGCCACCAACGUCAGCGAAGAGGAAUGGACAUGAAUCAUUAUCACCAUCACCGCCAGCGUCAGCUGUGGUGAGAAAGCCAGGUUCGAUGUUUCGGAAAGUAGUUCUUAAUGCGCGACAUGAUGAGAGUUAACCAAGGUUCAUGGCAAAAUAUGAAGAAAUCUUUUUACUGAAAAAGUCAGUGGUUUGCCACAAUUCUUUGCUACCUGUGACACUCAGCACAAUGUCAUGAUGACUGAACUAGCUAACCAGCAACUGAAUUCAAACUGACCACUUUAUUUAUCUGCAAUUUGUUGUUUGUUUUCUGAGACAAUCGGCUCAUUUCCGCUCGUUUUACAUAUAUUUUCUUAAGCUGUUACCCAUUUAGACAAGAAAUUGAGCCGAGCUUAUUGGACAAGAGUUUUGGUAAAUAUAUUUUCAUGAUCGUUAAUGCUAGUCAAAUGUUUCGUAACCAAGCUAUAUGGAUUGGCUGCAACACUUUCGUACGUGGGUCAGAAAGGGAACUAUAAAGUGUAAUGCGUUAGAUUUGAAAUUAAAAAAAAACUGCGAGAAAAAAGUUAUGUAUUUUUAUUGAACUGUAAAUAUUGAAGUGUGCUGUUAUAAAGUUCAACAUUUUUUAA